ACCAAAAGUUUCCUUCUACACUUAUAUUAACUUAUAUAUAUUUUUUUAUUUUACAAAAUAAUCAUCUUUCCUUCAACUUCUUGGGAACCUCUUUGCAUACCUUUCUUUUUUUCUUCUAUAGUGUAGAUAGGUGAAAUUGUGAAAACUAUUGUGUAAUUGAUGAUGUACUCACACUUCAUUUGGGGAGUCCAUUGCAAUGGUGAACGCAAUUUUUGCACGACAAAACGAAACUGAGCUGAUCAAGAAUGGACUUUUGGUGUGCCGUCCAUUGCGCAAAGGCCAUGGCCGCAGCAUCUUCUACGGCGAGAGCCCUUUGGAUCACUCGAUGCCUCUUAUCUAUGCGCAGAUCUCUUUCAUUAUCCUCAUCACCCAGCUCCUCCGUGUUCUUCUCAAGCCGCUCCGCCAGCCCAGAAUUGUUUCUGAAAUCAUUGGAGGUAUAAUUAUAGGUCCAUCAGUUCUUAGCCGCAGCAAGAAAUUUCGUGAUCAUCUAUUCCCAGAUAAUGCUAAAUUUGUCACGAGAAACAUAGGGCUUAUGGGAUUCAUGUAUUUCCUCUUCCUUUCUGGGGUGAAGACCGAUCUUUCUGUUAUAAAGAAGGUAGGAAGAAAGUAUUGGUAUGCAGCCGCGUUUAUCGUUUUCAUCCCUUUCAUGUGUGUAAUUUUUGCUGCAAUUCCUCUACGAAAGUAUAUGGAAAAGGAGGUUGCAAAAGCCUCUUCGAUAUUUGAAAUUGCUUCCGAGUUUGCAAUCACGGCAUUUCCUGUCAUCUAUCCCAUUAUCAAAGAGUUCAAUCUCCUUAGCUCAGAAAUGGGAAGGACAGCCUUGUCUAUAGCAGUGGUCAGUGACGUGAUUGGGAACCAAUUCUUAUUAAUAUUUGAUGCGUCCAAACAAGGCGAAGUAAAGAGUUUUGCUGCUUUAUGGUUCACGCUUUCAACAAUCUUUAUGAUGGUGUUCAUCUUCCUGGGCCUUCGACAUGUCAUGUCUUGGAUAGUACGUAUAACACCAGAAGGGAAACCGGUUGAUCAGGUUUACGUGAUUGCCAUAUUGCUAGGAGUCAUGGUUAUCGGAUUUUUUGGUGACUUUUUUGGGUUAUCCCUUGCCAAUGGGCCAUUAUGGCUUGGACUGGCAGUUCCGGACGGGCCUCCAUUAGGAGCAACUAUAGUGGAAAAGACGGAGACAUUUGUUUUGGAGCUUCUGAUGCCCUUUUCAUAUGCGACUGUUGGGAUGAUCACUGAUAUAUCUUCUAUAGGUGGCCAUUGGUCCGUUUUGCAACCUGUUUUCAUAAUUGGUAUAGUUGGUUAUAUAACCAAACUGUUUUCCAUUCUCUUGGCUUCUCGUUUCUUAGACAUGCCAUUAAGAGAUGGUCUGGCUCUUAGCCUCAUCUUGAGCCUCAGAGGUCAAAUUGAAGUUUUGCUGUAUAUACACUGGAUGGAUGUCAGGAUAAUAACGGCUCCAUACUAUGCAAUGCUGGUGGUGAUGACACUGGUGGUGACAGGCAUAAUCACACCUUUGCUCAGCAUAUUCUAUGAUCCAACAAGGCCUUAUAGGGUUAACAAUAGAAGGAACGUUCAGCACACCCCUCUGAAUGCUGAAUUGAAAAUCAUAGCUUGCAUUCACGGGGAGGAGAACGUUCCAGGGCUACUCAACCUCCUGGACCUCGCGAAUCCAACGGUCAACAGCCCUUUCUCAGUGUACGCGAUACACCUUAUUGACCUAGUGGGCCGGGCUGCCCCGGUUUUCAUAGAUCACCAGUCUGACCCGCCCGAACAACAAAACUCCAAACAGUCAUUUGCUCAAAUCCAAAUCCGCAACGCGUUGAAGCUUUUCGAGGAGGGUAGAGAAAACAUCCGGAUCCAUCCUUUCACAUCGGUGUCUCCAAAGAGAAGCAUGUACCAGGACAUAUGUGAGCUGGCUCUCACAAAGAAGACUUCUCUCAUCAUCUUGCCGAUCCGAGCGGGCUCAGGUGGCGGAGACGUGGUGGUUUCCGAUGGGUACCAGUCGGUGAACUCCAGUGUAUUAUCCCACGCCCCUUGCUCUGUUGCCUUACUCGUCGACAGAGGUUUUGCCCCUCAAAACAGCAUGAGGAUCUCAAACUACCAUUUCGCCUUCCUUUUUCUUGGAGGAGCCGAUUCACGCGAGGCACUCGUGUGUGCUGACCGGAUGGCCUCCCGGCCGGAGAUCUCUCUCACCGUAAUCCGGUUCCUCACGCACAACGGCGAAGGGGACAAUGAGAUGGAGAAGAAACUGGAUGAUGGGCUGGUGACGUGGUUCUGGGUGAAGAACGAGGCAAACAGGCAAGUUGUGUACAGGGAGGCAGUGGUGAGGAACGGGGAAGAAACGGUCGCCACGAUUCAGGCGAUGAAGGAGGGCGACGAUUACGAUCUGUGGAUAGUUGGGAGGAAGCAGGGGAUAAACCCCGUGCUCUUACAGGGGUUGACGAACUGGAGCGAAAACCACGAGUUAGGGGUCAUAGGGGAUUAUGUGGCGAAUUCGGAUCUAGGCGGCACUUCUUCUUUGUUGGUAGUGCAACAGCAGAUUCUGAGAGGGAGAGAGAGUGCUUAUAGUGCUUUAGUUGGCAGAUUCUCAUGGUGUCUGUAAUGUAAGUAGUUUGGCUAUUAGUUAACGUUUCUCACUCACUCUCUGUCUCUGUGUAUGUAGAUUAGCAAUAGGAAACCAUGGUAGCUAAGACUGUCACAAUGUACAAACAUUUGUGUUCUUUUCUGUUGAACAAAGAUUUUCUUAGCUCAAGCCUUGUGUCUCAUAUAAAAGGUUUCAUAUUUC